AUGUUGAAGAGUUAAAUUUCUAGAAAAAUUGACAUUAUUCCUUAAAUUCAAACAAUCACAGCAUUUUAAAAUAAACCUGACAUGUUUUAAAAAAGAAAUUUAAUGUUGAUAAUAAAUAAUCAAUUGGUUUUUUUUAACCAACUCAAUAGGCAUUGA